CUUUGAUGGCCCUUUCACAACAAUCAUGGCGGACGACGACGAAGUUGAUAUUUUGGGCGAUUUUAAUUUGGAAAACCUUCUGACUAAAGAUGAAAACCGACUUGCUUCUUGUUAUGAUGGAGGUGUUGGAUCUGAUUUGCUCCAUUGCGAUUAUCAGUCAUCAUGGUACCUGGACGUUGGUUCCCCUCCGUGGUAUGAAAGAAGCCAAUUGGACUCUUUCUCUCCGCUACCAUUUUCGCUCCCUCUCAGCUCGUCCCCCAAUAAUUUGCAGUGGAGUGACCCUUCUGCAGGGCCUAGCUCCACAGGAAAUGCUGCAAGUUGGACAGAAAAAGAGCGCAGUCUGUUGGAAGAAGGCUUGGAAUUAUUUGGACGGAGCUGGUCUCGCCUGUCUCAAUUCAUUGGAACCAAGACACCUCAUCAGAUUAAGAGCUACAUGAAGCUUGCUCGACCAAGUAGUGAGAGUGAAACUUUAUCAGUUUCCAUAUCGUCGAGCGUUGAUGGAAAUGUGCAGGCCCCUACUAUUUCUAGUGGAAACAAUAUAUCUUACACAGAACUUAUUGACGACUUGCAGAUACCGGCUUCCAUGGAAGAGGUAAUUGCUGUUGUGAGUACAGCAAAGCCCACAAUAUCUUCAAGUUCUACAAACUCAAGUCGCAUAUCUGAAGCAAACAGCAACAGAUUCAAAAAGAGAAAGACCAAGCCACCUCAGACCUCGAAAGCAAAACGAGGGCGUCCUCCUCGCAUUCCUCCUCAGAAACCAACUCUCAAACGGGGCCGUGGUCGUCCUAGAAAAUUGCAUGGUGGCACCACAACUGACCAUAGCACGGAAAAUCCAAAAAACAUCAAUGUAAUUUCAGAACUUACUGAAACUCCAGGAUUAGGGGAAGAAGUGGUAAGAAUUAGAAGUCUCAGUUCAGAUGAUUCUGAUGUUGAAAUUGAUAUUGAAGAUGAUGAUGAUGAUGCCAUAACAAGUUCUGAUGAUAAACCCCUUUUUAAUAAUACGGCGUUGGAAGAAGAAACCACUGUUAUUGUGAAGCAAGAACCUGUAGAACUGCCAGAAGAUAUCCCUUGCUCAUUGCCUAAUUCUUCUGAAGAAUUACUGGCUGAAGUGAAAACUGAAAAUGCCACUGAAUUUUCAUCUACUGAAUUUUCAUUGAAAAUUUCAAGUAAUGAGUCCAGUACAUCAGGGAAGGAGUCCAAGAACCUCAUUUCACAUCAAGAUAUCCUUGAUCAGAUACACCGGUUGCCGCCACCCACUCAUGAACAUACUCUGCGGCCAGAUGAAAUUCUAGAAGAAGAACGGGCCAUCCAUUCUGAAUUUUUCGAAGGAAGGCCUGCCAAAACUCCAAAGAGAUAUUUAAAGAUUCGCAAUCAUAUUAUUGAUUCCUGGCUUCAAAGUAAACCCAACUAUGUCACAAAAACCUCUGUUCGUGGGGGCUUAAGAAAUUGUGGAGAUGUCAACUGCAUUGGCAGAAUUCAUUCAUACUUGGAGCAAACAGGUGUUAUCAAUUUUGGCUGCGAGCAAACAAAGUAUCAUCACCCUCCUCAAGUACAUGUGGGAUCAUCAAGCAACAUAUCUGUUCUCAAGGAGAAAGUGAAUCGUGAAUUAUUGUGCAUUGAAGGAAUGCGUCCCAGAAAAAAGAAGCAAGAAAUUGAUGAGGACCUCUUGGGAUCAACUGAGGGAGGCUAUACAAUUCUGCACAAGGAAGAUGGUCAAACAUUCCUAACUUACAACACCAUUGUAAAACCCAAGGUUUCCAAGACAGACACAUCUAUAAAACUUCUUUAUUGUUCGCAAUUUUCAAAUGAGAAACCUGCCCCAUUUACUGUCCAUUUGCACAUUGGAGCUCUUUUUGUGGUCGAUACCCAUUCUCACUGUUCUCACGACACUGAAGUAAUGGGUCUACUGGGUGGUGAGUUGAGAGAGGACUCAUUGCAUAUCAUUCGAGCUGUGUCAUGUCAGGCCAGCCUUAGUAGCAGCACCCAUUGUGACAUGUGUCCAGUCUCUCAAAGUGAAGCCAGUGACACCAUUUCAAAAGAUGGUCUAAGUGUAGUUGGCUGGUACCAUUCUCAUCCAACUUUUGUACCAAAUCCUUCCUUGCAAGAUCUUUCCACACAAGCAGAAAUGCAAAGAUGGUUCUCAGAUACCAAAGCAGCCCCCUUUGUGGGCCUCAUUCUGUCCCCUUAUUGUGCCAACACCACGUCCUUUGCUAGUAUUUUCCGGGUGUUGAUAGUGGACCCGGAGGGCGAAUCCGGAGGCACGCCUUACCGCUUCCCUGUGAGUAUUGUUUCUGAGGAUUUGGAUGUGGAGGAGCUUUUGGAACACGUGGAUGGGACCAUUGCUUCCAUGCGCAAGCCUUCACUUGAAGGUCCACCGUAUUCUCAUGGUCCAGAUGCCCCUGUGCUAAGCUGCUUGCAAAAGUGCAUGGAAAGUAUCAGGAAACACAUGGAAACAUGCCAGCCACCCCUUUCAUCAGCCAUACAGAGGCGCAUAUUGGAAGGAAUCUUGGAUAUUUGUAAAGCACGGUGUGACUUUGAACCAGCUCAUUCUUCUUUAGAUAAUUAAGAAUUUUGGUUUCUCUGUGGGAGAUUGUGGUGUGUCAUGCAAAGUAAUACUUGACCUGUAAUUUUUUAGAGUAAAUGGUAAAUGUGGGCCUGUUAAUGUAAUUGUCCAAUGCUACCCUAUCUAUUUUUGCUUUGUAUUGCCCUAAAAAUUUUAUUAAGGCUUUUAAUUAUUGUUAGUAAUUGUACUUAUUUUGGGCUUUGCAAUCAAAGACCUACUAUGAUUUGUUUUGUUACAACGAAUCUGUGUGGUCUUAUAAGAUUUGUCUUCUGCUUGUAUCAAACGUGAUAACAAAUGCCCUGAUGUAGUCCCUUAUUACGGUACAUUUGUGAAUUUUCAUGUUUAUUCUAGGAAACUGUUAAGACUGAUUGUAUAUAUUGUCAUUGUUAAUCAGGAGCAAUAUUACCUCAAUUACAGUAUUAGGUAUUUUUACCUAUGAUUUUGUAUGCAGCUCUUUUUUUUCUUUUGAAUAAUUUAAGAAUUCUUAAGAAAGCAAAACCUUUCAUCGAUCAGAGUGUUCAGAUGUUCCAAUACUUAUGCUUGUGAACUUACUUUGAAUGAGAAUCUCUUCCAUUAUCAUCGUUAAAACUUUUAUCACUAAGUUUGAAAGCAAACCAGCAACGUAAUUUUGUAGAACUCCUUUUAUAGGGUUUCAGGCAAAUGUUAAUCCAAAACUUUUAUUGCUUACUUUAGUAAUAUCAUUUCUUGGCUUGACAGUAAAGCUCUUAGUGUAUCAGAGAUUGUCUCUGUCUGUGAUAUGGGGAUGCUACAAAAUAGUGUGACUGAGGCAGUUAUUGAUCUCAAUCUACCUCUUUCCCUCUAUUUUAUAGCUUCCCCUAUUAUUAUAUUGUUAUAGUAAAUAUAUUCUCAUGUUUAUGUUUGAUGUGUAAUAAGUUCAUGUGCUGCCAUCAUUGUAUAUAAGGUACGGUCUAAUCUAUGUGUCAACCCAAUAAUGCAAUAAUGUGCAUGCACAUCAGAAAUGUGUAAAUGGGACUUGAAAAUGGUAUAAUUGUACUGACACCAUUCAUUCUUCCAAGAAAAAUGAAACUUUGUUAGUGACAAUAUUUUUUCAAAAUAACUUUGUACAGUAUGGUUGCUAGUUUCCUUCCUCCAUUGUUUUUGUUUUCAGUGUAUUUCAUUUCGUUUUAAUUGUUUGUUAAGGGAAAAAUAAAAUCUACCAAUUGUC